AUAAAUCAAGGGCAAUCCUGUUCCGUAGAAAGCCUUUGUUGGAACUAUGGCCUUGAAGUCUGUGGUGGGCAACUUGGUCGCUGACUUGACCCAUCAGCACCAUGAUGGGCACGCAACCUGCCUGGCAGAUGGACACCAUGCAUUUGGCCAAAUGGCAUCCAGCUUUACGGCCUUCUUCCCGGAUGCGGCUCCACAUCACUCUGAUCAGUUCCUGCCAUCUAUUGCGCCAGAGACCGUGCACCAAGGUGAUGCAGUUCACUUGGAUCAAUUUGACCAGUCUUUGAUGGCAACACGACGCCCAAAGAUGCUUGUGAGCUUCCACAAAGAAGAGGGCGAGGAGAAGAAGGAUGGCUAGUGAGGCUAGCGACAGCUAGUGUGGCUAGAGAGGUUAGUGAAGUGAGGCCUGGCUACUGAGGCUCGGACAGCCAUCCCGAACAGGGCAUAUGACAACUGAAGAAGAUAAUGUACAGAUUGAAGAUUGUUUGUCCAGGAAGCAGCUGCAAAAUCUGCGGCGAUGAUUCCCAAAAUUCCAGUUGGCUUGGGCUAUGAAAGAGAAUGAAGGUUUUUUUUGGGUGUGUGACGUUUUUAUUCCCUAUUGAAGCUUCAGUGAUGGAGUGGCA